AUGGCAUCAAGCAACCUUCCAUCUUCAUGGCAUUCCUCACCGGGCGACUCAUUCCACGGCAAGAUCACACCUGCAGGACCAUUCAAGCCAGAAAAGGACCGCUACCAUCUCUACAUCGGCUUGUUCUGUCCCUUUGCCCAUCGCGCGAAUAUCAUUGUCCAUCUCAAGCAACUGCACAAAUAUGCCGGUAUCGAGACGAGCAUCGUCAAACCUUAUCCAAAAGAAGACCACGAAAGCCGCCCGGAUGGCCUGGACGAAUCGCACUACGAAGGCGCAACAGAAGAGAAACUCUUCGGCUUCCAGUUCAUGAACCAAGUGUACUUCAAAGCAGACGAGAACUACAAGGGCAAAUACAGCGUUCCCGUUCUGUGGGAUAAGAAACUCGAUACUAUCGUCAACAAUGAGUCGCAUGAACUCUUGCGCGAUCUGCAGCAUUGCUUCGAUACACUGCUCCCUCCCGAGCUUCACGAGAUCGAUCUCUUCCCAUCAAAUAUGCAGAGUAAGAUCCUCGCCCUCGAAGAACCACUCCAACGCGACCUCAACACAGGAGUCUACAAAGCUGGCUUCGCCCCCGACCAAGCUACCUAUGAGAAGAACCUUCCACCUGUCUUUGGGAUUCUGGACUACCUCGAAGCCCUCACCGCUGCCAACGGAGGACCCUACAUCCUCGGCGAUACCCUAACAGAAGUCGACAUCCGCGUCUUCUGUACGCUUAUACGUUUUGAUGUGGUGUAUUUCCAGCAUUUCAAGUGUAAUCUCGGGAUGAUCAGGUACAGUUAUCCCCAUCUUGAUAAUUGGCUGAGGAGGAUCUAUUGGGAACAUGAGGCGUUUAGGGAGACGACGGAUUUCAGGCACAUCAAGGAGAAUUACACCAAGUCCCACAAGGGAGUGAAUCCGAAGGGCGUCACGCCAGUGGGGCCUUGGCCGAACAUACAGAAGGGUUUCGAGCAGGAUCUGAGCAAGCUUGAAGUUGGCAAAGUUGAUAUGCCGGAGGUUGUGGAGUGUGAGGAGAGGUUGAAGAAGGAGGUUCGGCUGUGA